UGAGCUGGGUGAUUUGCUGAAGGGUCUAUUUUUUGGUCUAUAAAUACCCAUCUGCUAAGACAACCAACUUCUAUUUUCUGCAAGUGCGUUAUUACAAAGGAAGAGAGAGUGGGUUUUCAAGAAUUCUCAUCCUUUCUUUCUUUCUCCCCUUCAUCUUUUUCCAUUAAGCUUAGCUAGUUUCCUUACCAGGUUAGUGGGUUUAAUCCAAAAACCACACGUAACCCAAAUAAUAAUUCCAUUUCAUUAUGAUAUAUACAAACACACACAUAUAUCUUUCAACCACGGAGUUCCCUAAUCAAGAACCGGAAAGCAGCUCUUCCCAGAAGAAAAUGGCAAGAGGGAAAAUCGAGAUUAAGCGGAUCGAGAACACAACAAAUCGACAAGUUACUUUCUGUAAACGUCGUAAUGGUUUGCUCAAGAAAGCUUAUGAGUUAUCUGUUCUUUGUGAUGCUGAAGUUGCUCUCAUCGUCUUCAGCAGCCGUGGCCGUCUUUAUGAGUAUGCUAAUAACAGUGUCAAAGCAACAAUAGAAAGGUACAAGAAAGCAUGUUCUGAUGCCACAAACCCAGGAUCUGUCACUGAGGCCAAUACUCAGUUUUAUCAGCAAGAAGCCACGAAACUGCGAAGACAGAUCCGGGAGAUUCAGAAUUCCAACAGAUACAUGGGUGAUGUAAUUUUUUCAAGGCAUAUUCUGGGUGAGGCUCUGGGCUCUUUGACUUUCAAGGAACUCAAGAAUCUGGAAGGAAGACUGGAGAAAGGAAUCAGCAGAAUUAGAUCCAAGAAGAACGAACUUCUAUUUGCUGAAAUAGAGUACAUGCAGAAGAGGGAGAUAGAGCUGCAGAAUGAUAAUAUGUAUCUGAGAGCAAAGAUAGCUGAAAAUGAGAGAGUGCAAGAACAGCAACAAUCCAAUCUGAUGCAGGGAUCUGUUUAUGAAUCCAUGCCUUCCCAAUCACAAACCUAUAACCGGAAUUUCCUUCCUGUAAACCUUCUUGAACCCAAUCAUCAGUACUCCGCCGAUGAUCACACUGCUCUACAACUCGUUUGAAAUCCGGGAUGAGCAGCAGCUAUAUAACAUAUAUAUAUAUAUAUGUAUGAAGCAGUAAAAGUGAUAUUUCCCGUAUGUGUAUGAGAUUUGAUCAGAGAGAGAAAGAGAGUAUGGAUAGUUGUAAGAAAUUCAGCAACGUGAAUGAAUGAUUUUAAAUUCAGCAGCUA